AUGGCAAAUAUUCUCCUUCUUUUGCAUCCUACGGUCGUGACCGACCAACACUUGGUCGAAAACGUUAAAGCUGACAUACGGAAGUCUGUUGGCGACGCACACGUAGAACAGCAUAUCAUAGACAGAGUCACGCGAGGAGAAGUAGAGUUGACCAGAAAUACCUACGACAAGAUCAUAUACAUAAACCCUAAUGUCCACAACAGAAGUAUCCCAGCGCUGUUGAUGAAGUUGGUGUACGAAACUUUGAUAGAUGAAGGUGAAUUUAGUGGAGAUUUACCUACAGAUCAGGCUCUAGAUGUCUUGAUGACCGGCUUUAUUGUUAGUGAUACUAACGACCAGUGCUGGAUUAAGCCUAAGCCGAUCGAAUCCGUGUCCAUUCCUCUUAGAAGAAAAGGAAAGAAGACUGAUGCGUCCGUUUCAGCAUCCAGUGGAACCACGGCGUUGCCAUUGUUCAAGAAGUUGUCUAGUAAUAGCAACAACAACAAUAACAGCAGCAGCCCUAUUGGUUUAACUGAUUCUUCUGCUGCCAAUACAGACGAAGAAACAGACGAGGCCAACGUGAUGAAGCGCAAGUUGGAUGCUGCGAAGUUGACGUAUUUCAGCGACUCGGAUAGUGAAAACGAAGAAGAUGAAAACGACGACAUAAUCAACGAAGACGACUUAAUCAAAGAUUCAAACCAACUAGACUUGAGAUCGCGUUUGAUAAUACCCAAGAGCUGUGAGAUUCCCAACGGCAAGAAAAGAAGAAAGGCAUGCAAAGACUGUACCUGUGGAUUGAAGGAAAUCGAAGAACAGGAAGAGGCACAACAGAGAUCGUUACAGGAUUCUAUAUUGGGCAAGAUGGCGCAGUCAGCUACUCUUGAAGCCAUCAAGAUCGAGGAAAGGUUGAAGAGACAACCCGUGAAGUUCAAGGACGAAGACUUGGCUGAAAUCGACUUUACUGUUGAAGGUAAGACUGGUGGCUGUGGGUCAUGUGCAUUGGGUGAUGCCUUCAGAUGUGAUGGAUGUCCAUAUUUGGGAAUGCCACCUUUCAAGCCAGGUGAAAUAGUCAGUAUCGACAGUUUGGGUGAGGAUCUUUAG